AUGGAAGGGUGGCAUUCUUUGCUUGGUUUCAUUUGGUCCGUCAGAAACUUUGUCAUUGAUUAUCCUGAAAGCAGAGAAAGGCUCCAGCUGCAUUGGCGUUCUUUGUCUCCUCCACCGACGCCUUUUCAAUCUGAAUUUUCUCUGGCCUCGAAACUUGAAGUUUAUUCAGAGUUAAGAGGCCAAGAAAGGGGAUUUAAAAUGAAUUUUAUGGUUUUUAUUAGUGCAAUACUAGUUAUUUUCUAUUUUGCAUCAGCAAAUGCACAAUCUGUUGUAGCUUCAACUCCAACUCCGACUCCUGCCCCUGCCCCUGCACCGGAAUAUGUAAACCUGACUGACUUACUCUCCGUUGCCGGCCCGUUCCACACAUUCCUUGGCUAUCUUCAAUCCACCAAAGUCAUUGAAACUCUUCAAAACCAAGCCAAUAACACUGAUGAAGGUAUUACCCUUUUUGUGCCGAAAGACGAGGCCUUUGCAUCACUAAAGAAGCCCUCUAUUUCUAACCUCACACAGGACCAACUCAAAUCUCUAUGCCUUUUCCAUGCUUUGCCACAUUACUACAAACUGGCUGAUUUCACGAACCUAAGCCGACAAAGCCCCAUUCCAACUUUUGCUGGUGGACAAUACAGUUUGAAUUUCACCGAUAACUCUGGAACAGUGCAUGUUGAUUCCGGAUGGACUAAAACAAAGGUUAUUAGCGCAGUUCGUGCCACUGAUCCGGUGGCAGUUUAUGAGACUGAUAAAGUUCUGCUCCCGGAGGCAAUCUUUGGCACUGAUAUACCACCAACCCCGGCUCCAGCUCCGGCCCCGGUCCCAGAUACUGCUCCUGUAGCAGAUUCUCCAUCUGAAAAGGGGGGAAGCGAAUCAUCGUCUUCAAAGUCUUCACCUUCAUCUUCUCACAGCAUUUUGAAUUCGGGUAAAUUGAGCCAACUGGCUUUGGCUUUUGUGGGUGGAAUGCUCGUGUUCUUGUGA